GGCUGUGUACCGUGCGGGAAAGACCUGGGCUCCGGGAGCGAGCGCCUGUCUCUUUAAAUGCCAGGGGCUGCGCUCCCGCCCCGGGAGCCCGGAGCCGGAUCUACAAUCCCGUCCCUCCCGCCCCGGCGCUUGUUGCUCGCCCGGCCCGAGCGGGAGCUGCCGCCGCCGGGCAGCGAGGCUGAUUCCGUCUCCUCCUUCUCGCGCCCCACCUCCCUCGGGAGCAGAUUGAGGGGGAGCAGCAGCCCAGCGGGAGGGAGGGGGUGCGGUGUGGACAGACAUUGUCCCCCCACCUGCAAGUGUUGAGGGUCUACGUAGCCGCGGGAGCAAGACAUGCGUCGCUGCCCCCUGCCCAGCCUCACUGCCGCCCGCGCCUGGAGAGGAGGGACUGCGGAGCCCGCACCUGCAAACUCGCCCUAGAAGUCUCCGGGUGCGGCGGGGGCCCCUCCCAAUUCCCCACGGCCUCCACCUCCCGGCGGGUGAGUUUGCGCAGGUGGUCACUGCCCCUGUCCGGGGACCUGUGCCCAUGACCCUAGUGGUGGUUUCGCUUUCUCCCCUCUCGGCGGUGUGAACGUGUGUCCGCAGCGUGAUGGGCAACCAGGUGGAGAAACUGACCCACCUAAGUUAUAAGGAAGUUCCCACGGCCGACCCGACCGGCGUGGACCGGGACGACGGGCCUCGCAUCGGGGUCUCCUACAUCUUCUCCAAUGACGACGAGGACAUGGAGCCGCAGCCGCCGCCCCAGGGGUCCGAUGGAGGCGGCGGUGGCUUGCCCGACGGCGGAGACAGCCCGCCGCUGCCCCCGCCGCAGCCCUACGACCCACGACUGCACGAGGUGGAGUGCUCGGUGUUCUACCGCGAGGAGUGCAUCUACCAGAAAAGCUUCGCGCCGGGCUCCGCGGCGCUGAGCACCUACACGCCCGAGAACCUGCUCAACAAGUGCAGGCCUGGCGACCUGGUGGAGUUCGUGUCUCAGGCGCAGUACCCGCACUGGGCAGUAUACGUGGGCAACUUCCAGGUGGUGCACUUGCACCGGCUGGAGGUGAGCAACAGCUUCCUGACGGACGCGAGCCAGGGCCGGCGCGGCCGCGUGGUGAACGAUCUGUACCGCUACAAGCCGCUGAGCCCUAGCGCCGUGGUGCGCAACGCGCUGGCGCACGUGGGCGCCAAGGAGCGCGAGCUGAGCUGGCGCAACUCGGAGAGCUUCGCCGCCUGGUGCCGCUAUGGCAAGCGCGAGUUCAAGAUCGGCGGCGAGCUGCGCAUCGGCAAGCAGCCCUACCGGCUGCAGAUCCAGCUCUCUGCGCAGCGCACCCAUACGCUGGAGUUCCAGAGCCUGGAGGACCUGAUCAUGGAGAAGCGGCGCAACGACCAGAUCGGGCGCGCAGCGGUGUUGCAGGAGCUCGCCAUGCACCUACACCCGGCCGAGCCAGAUGAGGGCGACUGCGACGCCGCGCGGACUACGCCGCCUCCUGGGCGCCUCCCUGCGUCCGGCCGGCGGGAAGAGGACCGAGAGGCGGUGGUGCACUGACGGGCGAGCUGAGUGCAGAGCUGUGAAAGGGAGCUGUUUGCAGCAGGCGCUGCCCCCUCCCUCCUCUCACUCCCUCCUCCACCACCUUCUGGGCCCCAUCUGGGUUCCUGGGCCAUUUGGAAAACCGAGAGUUGAUGAAAUGCGCAGCCAGCUGUGGCUCAAGCUUGUUAUCUUGGACGGAGGAGGAAGAGGGAGCAGGUAGGAGCACUUUGGCUGGGGGCACUUCCUGCCCGCCUCCUCAAUUUGUCUUCCUUUCCAAAGUGGGGCAAACUGUGAACUUGCCUGACGCUUAAUCCCUCCUGGACCUGGGUCCAAAACCGACUCUUCUUAAGCGUGCGGGGGUGGAAAAAAGUUCAGAGUACCAACGCCUGCCAUUGCCUCCUCCCCACUUCCUCUCCUAUCCUGGGCUUGGAGGAUGUCCUGUACGAAGGCCAAAGUGGGUUUGUGUCGUGCCAGGCCGGCAGAGAGCCUCUUAUCUGCUACCCUCGCGGAGCUGUGUGUGGAAUCCGGGAAGCUGGGGUGAUUUAUGGGAUUCCUGGGGUGCAAGGCUGGAGAAACCAGGACCAGGGAACAGCAGACCAAAACCAAGCGGCCCCCUAUGAAGUGUAACAAAGGGUUGUGUAAACUUGGGCUACAAAACAAAGACUUUGCUACCUCCCUCCUCCCCAUCCCCAAGUAAUUCAUCUUCUGGAGCUGGCUUCUAGCUGAGUCUCCUGCUCCCUCCUGCUCCACCCGCCACUUCCCAGGUUACAAGUAAAUCAUUGUCACCGGCCAGCUAGGGGAAGGAUUCAAUUAUGGUUCUGUUUUGUCGCCUUUGUUUCUCGCCUGCAAUUGUAGGCACUUACAGCUGCGCUGUUUGUUAUCAGAGGAGGGAACAGCCCUUUGUGCCUCUGAUCUAAUUAAACCUGCUUGGCCGUGUGCAUCCUCAAGUCACACAUGGGGUUGGCUGAUGCCACCCCAUAAAGUAUCUGCUACAGAAGCAGCCCAUCAGGGUUGGUUGCCCUGGCAGGAAUGAGUCAGUCUCCUCUCCCACUCCCCACCCAACCCCCUUCCAGAACAGUGAAGAUAACCUUUUUAAAAUGUAAGGCUUUGUUGGUGGUAAACUCUUAGGCUGGAGGCAUAUUUCAGUAAGGUAUUUAUUUUGCUAGCCACACUUGAUGCAAUUUAAUUUAAUUCAAGAUGCUGUAUUGUUAUAUUGCAGCAGUCUCCUAGUUGCUUGGAGAAUGCCCCUUCUGUAUGCCUUCUCAAUUAAGAGAGGUGACAGCAAUCACAAAUAAUGCCACCUGGUGUAGUCAGUGCCAUAGUGAAAUGGCACGGGUGACAGUCCUAAAGCACCGGGUGGUGACUGUGGGAUCCGCCGCGGCAGGCUGGCCUAUUCUAUUUUCAUCUGCUGCUGAGCUACUGUUUGCUUUACUAUAAGGUUUUAAAAAAUUUUACAAUCUGUCCCUUGUAUUCGCGUGAGCUCUUUAAUGGCGCGUGCCCUCCAUUUCAGAAUGCUUUUCUGCUGCACACUGGCAUUGCUGAUGCUAUCUAAAAGUUGAGUAAAGUUUUUGUUUCUCUUGGGAGUCAUUGUAGAUUACACAGAACGAGUCAUUUUGUGACCCAAUUCUUACAGUUGGAGUAGAAUCGUUCUUGAGUGUUCUACAGCCGUGGCCAUUCUUGGGCCUCCUCCUGGAGAUCUCCAAAUCAAGGCAACAAGACUUGAAGGAUUUCUUUGUAUACUUUUUUCGAACUUGGAAGUUGAGGCCAUAAUUUUUAAAACCCUAGACCUUCAUAGCAUCUCAACAUGAAAUAAUUUGAUUGCAAGGGCGUUAGCUAUGUUUCCUGUCUUUACAGGGAUCAUAGAACAAGUCCUAACACUUUGUUAAAGGUGAACCACACUCAGCCCCAGUCUGGGACUUUGGAGAAAUGUCAGCCUCCUGAUGGAAAUGUACAUCUCGUUGCCAUGUUUAAUAGUCUCUUUUCCUGCUCAUGGAAAAGCGGAGCAAGGUAAACAUGGGUCAAGACAUUUAGCAGAGCCUACUACAGAUUUGGGUUUUCUUUUAUGCUUAACAAACCAACAUGCAGAGAGCAGGAGGGAGGAAGAACAGAACAGCACUGCCUAGCAGCUCUGGGCUAACUAGCCAGCUCUUCUUUCUGUUCUCCUUGUCGCUGUCUCCCUUCUUUGCCCUCAAAUGGAAGGAGAAUGUCAUUGGUGACUGCGGUCUGACAGUGACUAUCUCUUGCUACAAAUGAACUGGUUUUUGUGAGAAGUCUCAACUUGAAGAACUCCGGUAAAAUCCACACUAAUAAAAGCAUUCUGCCUCUAGAGAAGAGGUUUUUGAUAAUAGAGCCUGAAAAUGAACUAGGAAAGGAAAUAAAUCUACUCCAGAUGCUGCUUUCCCAUGUAAUGCAAGCAUUUUUAUAGGGUACCAGAUGUGUGAAAUGUGUAAUACUUAGGAACAGCGAUUGCACUGGAAGUUUUCUUAGGAUUAUAAUGCUUAAAGGAAAGCAACAACCAACCUGUGGAGGCUGCAAGAAAGGGGAAUCCGGUCAACUCUUGGCUCUUUCCUCAAGAUGGCAGUGUUGUGGAUGAGUGAGGUUUUAAUGCCCAGGCGGUGGCUACAUCUGGCACUUUAAGAAAAUAAAUAUAUUUAAUUUUUGUUUCUCCUUAGGAAUGAGACUUUAGAACUAUUUUGUACUGUGAAUUACGGAUGCUCUUUGAAGGAAAGAGAAGUUGAUUCUAAUGUUCUUCAGAAGCUCUGGCAGGGAUAAACAGGACACCUGACUAGAACAUACGCUAAAUGUAAUCAGACAAAUUCUAUUUUCUUACCCGAGCAAAUAUUUUAUUGAGACUGCUUAUGUAUGUCCCAGGAGCCCACGACUUCAGCUACACAACUUUUUUGUAUUGAAAAAACUCAUACUUUUUGUAACUUUGACUCCACAUUUAAUUUAAAAUGACUUUAUAGCACUAAAAUGCCUAGCAGAAGACGUUACUCCAGACCUUUAAGGAAAUUUUUAGUUUUUAUGAAAAAUGAUGCUUCAGUGGUUAACUUGUCCUGUCGUUGGUGCUUCUGGCCCUAACGGCACCACUAGACAAUACCGCAACCACGUGGAAACAUAUUUUUGGGAGCAAAACUUUAAUUUUGUAUGACAUAUGCUAUGGAGAGUGAAGAAAAUUUAAAGACUACUUGUUUUCUAUUUUUUUUUCUUAACAAAUGGAAUCCACUGUGUUGAAGCCUCUUGAUAUUAUGUGAUUGUCUAACCAUUUUUUAUAAAUUAGAAUAAAAUCUAGUGUGAUCAUGGUCAUUGAAUGGAUUUGUUUGGAAAGUUACAUUUUGUGAAUUUAUUUUUUUAAAUCAGGGUAACUAUAAUCUUGACUGGUUUCUUCAACUUUUUAUUAUGUUGGUUUCUCCAUAGUUGUAAUACUUGUGACCCACAGAGAAUUACAUUGACUAACACGAUAAAUUCCACAUGUAUUUUAUUUCCCAGUGAAUUGUGUAAACUUUAUUUUUGUUGAAGAUUGUAUGUUAAAUCAAUGUUCUGUUCUCAUACCACUUCUUGAGAAGGAGGUUCCAAUUUGAAAUUGUAUCAUUUCCUUCAAAAUGAAGGGCAGUGCUUAGUUAAAUAAAAGAUUGAUGACAUCUUUUAAACCA